GAGGAGGUGGCGGAGUCGGUGGUGGCGGAAAUGGAAAUUUUAAUAAUGCCAGACGAGACAACGAGGAACGAAUAGACAUUGAAAAGAAUUUAGAGAUGGAGGCUAGAUAUAGAGAGUUAUUAUUGGAACAACAAAGAUUACAGAGCAGAGAACUCUUGGCGAGGCUAAGUCCUCACGGUUCGGUAUUAGCAGCGUUUGGUAAUCAUCAUCAUCAUCAUCAUCAUCAUCACCAUCAUCAUCAAAAUCGAAUACAGGAGCAAGAACAACAUCAUCCGUCGGGCGGUAGACAGGAGAUUCUAACGGUUAAGGAUUUCUCGAGGUCUACCAGUCACGACAAAUCAUCCUCGCCAAUCAGAAUAGACCAGGAAGUACAAAGGGAUCGUGGUGGUGACGAUAGACGAUUAACAACGGACUCGCCGAUCAGUAGAAUCUCCGAAUCGACGUUACAAAGGGAACGAGAGAGAAUUCAGGAUGACGAAGAUUCGAGAAUCGAGAGAAUGACCAAUCCACGCUCCGUAUCGCCGGUUAGUAGGCGAGAAAUGUUAGACGAUCGUAGCGAUUCCGAGGCGAAUCGUUCCCUCGAAGGUGACAGAACGACGGAUCAUCUUGAUCUCGAGGAUCAAGAGAUACGAAGCGUCGGCCAAUCGGAAGAUCUCAACGUAAUGGACUCAGAUUGUGAACUGGAGAGAGAUCUUGAGACCGGCCAAGAGAAGGAGGAGAAGUCGAGUCCGGUAGUGCCUCAGCCAAUACACCCUGGGGUCCAAAGGCCCUCGCAGGGGGGGCCUUACCUAGCCGGUGCACCCGGCGCUCCUGGAUGGAAUCCUGCAGGAUUUCCGCAUUCACUUGCGAGCUUUGCCUGGUUACCCCCACCCCCUCAUCCACAUAAUCCUCACGGACAUCUUUACACACCCCACGGUGGACCAACAAGUCCUAACGGUGAUCUAAGACUACCAGGUCCAGGUCCAGGUCCGGUACGUUGCACCCUGCGGAAGCACAAACCAAAUAGAAAACCGAGGACGCCGUUUACUACACAACAGCUGUUGUCUUUGGAGAAAAAAUUUCGAGAGAAGCAAUACUUGACGAUAGCCGAACGUGCGGAAUUCUCGUCGUCCCUUCAUCUCACGGAAACGCAGGUGAAGAUCUGGUUUCAAAACAGACGUGCGAAAGCGAAGAGACUCCAAGAGGCCGAGAUAGAGAAGCUUAGACUAUCGGCAAGGCCCCUUUUGCACCCGAGUUUCGGUUCGGGCCUGAUGUUCUCGGGCGUUGGUCCUCCUGGUACACCAGGAGUGCCACCCUUUAUAGCAGCGGCCAUGGCUAGGCACACCCAUGCGGCCGCGGCGGCAGCCAUGUUCAUGGGGCCCCCUGGACACAGGCCUUAAUAAGGCGGACUCGUUCGACCUUCGUCGUCGUCUUCAUCUUCGUCUUCUUCGUCGUCGUCGUUGUCGUCGUCAUCGUCGUCGUCGUCGUCGUCAUCGUCGUCGUCGUCGUUGUUGUCGUUGUCGUCGUUUCUUGCGGUUGGCCCAACUACAAGCAUCCGAACAGUUUUAGUUUACCGAAGGAACUCGUACCGAAUGGGACAUUCGUUAUUCGGAGUUAUUCUCCAAAGUGUGAUCCAUUUUAUUAUCUCCUAUUUUCCUUAAUCCAUUUCUUUCGACUCCUAUCGAUCCCUUUAUCACCUUUCAUUACAACUUUUUGAUAGACAACAGUGGAGGGAGAGGAGAACGAUGAGAGAAUUGUGAAAAAAAGAAAAAAGAAAAAGUUCGUACGAUUGCUGUUUGUCGCGAAGAAGCAAAUUUUUAUUUUUUUUUUGAUUUAUUUUUAUUUAUUUUUUUUUUUUCAAACGUACGAAACGACCUGGUCUAGGACUCCUCCUCCUUCUUCUCUUUAUCCUCCUGGUGAUGAACAACCGAGUGUUCUUAUGGAAUAAUCGAAAAUAGAAGAGGAACGUGUGUAAAGUUGAUUAAAUAUAAAAAGGAAGAUUUAAUUCGAUGUCUCGAAGAUUGAAGAAAGAAUACUACUUGCCAAGUUUAAUCAAAUGAUCGGCCAAUUAAUCUUAAGGAUAAUAUCGAUCCAUUUCUUUUUUAUUUUUUUUUAUUUUUCUCAGGUUCUCUUUUUUUAUAUUCAUAUAUACAUAUACAUACAUAUGUUUGAUUGAAAGACUUAACAUCCUUUUACUCGUGUUUAGCAUUUAUUCGUGGCAUUUUUCGAUCUCGUAAUCUCAAGAAUGAAAAAUUAGUGAACUGGAAGAAGGGACGAUGGAAGAAGGAAGGAUAAGGAAAAAUGAAAGAAAAAGAAAGAAAAAGGGAAAACAAACAACAAAGAAGAAAAAGGAAGAAAGUUGUGACGAGAGUCCAGAAAUCAGGAGAGACCAGACUUUCUUGUGAACAGAAGGAGGAAAGGAAAGAAAAAAAAAAAAAACAAACAAAUAACAUCUGUACGAGGAAAAAACCAUAAUGCACAUAAAUGUAAAUAAAAAUAUCUCUCCGUUCGCUCGAUAAUC